UGCCGUAGCAAGAUGGAAGUGCGCCAUUUAUUCACUCUUUUUCUUCCCAUAGUUUUGGCUUUAAUGUGUCGAGCGGAAAAACCCUACAAUGUGGAGCUAAAUACCUUCCAGAUGGACCAAACCAUUGAAAAUCAGGAAAAGUGGGUGGAGUGGGAAACGCUGAGGAUGAAGAAGGUGUCUCGAAAUAAAUUUGUGGUUUCUGGCGACUUUGAAUUUAAACUGAAUAUGGGUGACCAGCAGAAGAUAGCCCUAAUGGUUUUCACCUACGAUUCCAAUGCCAGAAAGCGAGGUCCCAUGGUGUUGAAUGUGAACAAGCCCUUCUGCCAGUUCAUCAACGAGGAUGAGGACACUUAUCCGCAGAUACAGAAGGUCUCCAACUUACCGGAGCAGGGGAAGUGUCCCUUCCCCAAGGGCAAAUACCAGAUCGACAACUACGAAAUGGAGACCAAUUUCCUGCCGGAUAACGCCCCCAAGGGGGAUUACCUCCUGCUGUUGACCAUGAUGGAUAAUGAAAUACCAGUGGCUGGACUCGAGGCCACUGUAACCCUGACUUAG